CACUCACUGUAACACAUUUGAUGUGAUAAAUUGACCAUUUUCUAAGCAUUAAGCGUGAUCAACAGGAUGGUUUUAUGUGCAAGAUGUUUAAGGACAAUACUUGUCACCAACAGACCUAUUUUUCAAUCGUUUCCAAACUAUGUUGACAUAACAGCCCUAGAAAAAUGUUUGAUUAAUGUUGUCCGACAAAAAAGUGUUUAUUCUGGAACAAACCCGGUUUUAAACCCGAUAGAAUCCUUGCAAAAAUUUGUUUCUGUACCAAUUCUACCACCAGAGAUGAUCUCAUUUAGCCCUAGUGCUGAACAAAUUUCCAAGGGACAGCAAUUGUUUGUCCCAUCACCCUCACACAAAAUACAGUUCCUGAAAUCAGCACGGUUAAAAGAGCAUUUACCUGAUCAUGAACUUCCCGAGGUGGCAUUCAUUGGCAGAAGCAAUGUUGGCAAGUCUACUCUUAUAGCAGCGCUGCUCAAGGAGGCACCAGACGCUUACGUGAAGUCUUCUAGCAACCCAGGCCACACAAAACUUUUGAACUUUUUUCAAGUUGGAAAGCGCUUGUGUCUUGUAGAUAUGCCUGGAUAUGGUUUUAACAUGCCAAAAGACUAUGUUGAAGUGGUGGAAACUUAUCUGCAAAGCAGAGAGAAUUUGAAGAUGACUUUUAUCCUGAUUGAUGGCAAAGUUGGAGUUAAUUCAAACGAUGAGAAUGCCCUGAUUAGAUUAUCAGAGAUGCCAAUAAAUUCAUGUAUAGUGCUCAUGAAGAUUGACAAAGUAAAGCCAGCCUUGUUGUUGAAGAACGUCAUGUCAGUCAGGAAAUACAUGAGGAGCUUGAGACAGUGUCUGCCGCAACCUUUCCUCGUCAGUGCCAUGACAGGAGAUGGUGUUGCUCUACUACAAGCUUUCAUAGCCCAUGCCACUGGAAACCUUGACGCCUCAUCUUCUUGAUGCAUAGAGACGAAUCAACUUCUUGAAAUUAUUGUGUUUUUGAACAAGGCUUUACCAAGAAAAUAAAGACAGUUUGGGACAUAACACAGUAUCCCCUUUUUGAUUGUGAUAGUGUUUUGUACAUUCUGUUUUUAAGUAGAGAGAAAUAUGGAUUUUGUUAUAUACUACUGUUAUAGUGUUGAGGAAUGUGUCAAAGAAUUGCUUUAUUAAAUUAAGCAUAUCAAAUUCAUUGGUCCUAAUUUGUUUUGUGCUAGGGAAAGGCUCUUGAAUCUGACCAGUUUAUGAAUCUAUGCACAAGGCUCUUGUGGGAAAAUGAAAAUUUAGUUAGCUUUUUGUGAGUGAAUAAAUUGUUGAAGUGAGAAUGUGUUUUUAGGUAAAUGAGCGACUUCAUUGGUUAAUUAUGUAUGAAAGUUCGGAGCAAAUUUUUCUUACUUUUGCUUAAAAUAGAGAAUUGAAAUAUUUGUUUUGUCGACUAUUAAAACUUCAGCAAGGGAUAUCAAUUCUCAAAUAUGAUUUCGAGUUGUAACACUCACUGGUAGCCACAUUUUUUCCCCAUUUGUGUAUUUUUUUAUUUCAUUUAUCAAAUCUAUGUGUCAUGCUGGCCCUAAAAAGUCAGAAGACCAAUUAUAAUAAAACCUGUAAACAUUU